AAACCAAUUCCACCACCAAGCAAAAUCAACAGCUCAAAGAAAACUUAUACUAAAAACCCUUCUUUUAUCUUUCUCAUUCGAUCACCAUGGCCUCAAUGCACUGCUACAAGCCAGCCAGUGAGAACUGCCAGGAAAAAUGCCUCGACAACUGUUACGGCCACAGCAAGCCUAACAGUACUGGAUCGUACUACUCCGGCCAUUCAAUGGCUGGCCUUGGCCAGACCCACAACGCUUCCCUCGGUCAGAGUUGCUACCCUGACCAUACCGUGGCCAAGCCAAACAUGAACUCCACCUACGGCCAAGGCUAUGGCCACCACAUGAUGACUGGCCAGUACGGUCAGCCCAUGGCUAAGCCAGCCCCGGGCCAGUCUUACGGCAUGGGCCCCGCACCUUCUCACGGCAUGGGAAUGAUGUCUCAUGCUCACAGCAGCAUGAGCCAUGCAGCUCAUGGCCAGAACCACCACGGCUAUGCCGAGCACCAAUCAUACGGUUCGCACGGUAUGAUGGGUGUUGGUGGUUGCCAUGAGAAGAAGGCCGAUCACUACGGCAAGAAGAAAGACAGGAGUCACAGGAUGAUGAACAAGCGCCGUGACUGCAACCGUAGCGGGGACAGCAGUGGUAGCGACAGUGACAGCGACUGCAAUUAAAGAAGCUUGAAGAAUGUGCAGUACUACAAGGAUUGGAGAAUAUAUAUCUAAUGUGAGUACUGUGAGGAAGUCAUAAGGGUAUUACGUAUGCCUAGUAAAAUAAUGACAAUAUAUAUGUCUUUUCAUGUUAGAAUAAACGCUUUCUAUUGUAUUGCGUGUAAAGUCGAUCAUGAAUAAGAUAUAUAUAAUUCUAAGCUA